AAAACCGGUGAUGGUAGAUUCGAUCUCCGCGAUGCGCGAUGCGCGAGGACGUAUUCGUUUAUCACCUAACAAAUUUAUGUGAAUAUUCGAAUACCUUCCGUCCCUGAUGCGUUCACGCUUAAAAGUACAUCAAGACACUUAUUUCGCGCUUCCCUUCUCGUGAACCGGUACUCUGCCCUUCUUCCCGUCCCUCUCUUCUCCAUGUUCCCUCGUCGCCGUUUCGACUCGUUAUCUAGUAAUGAGAACCGUCGUACUCCUGCAAGUUUUGCCUUCACUGCUCCUCCCUACCCUCAUACUUCAACAUCUCGCUCUUUACAAAUGGUUCUUCGGGUAUGCAGUCCUUCUGUGAAGGCGCAGGAGAGAUUUGGUCGUACAAGCAGGGAACUUGAACCACUGUUUGGUGAAGGUGACUACGUUAGUGGGAUGGUAACACUAGACCCGAGUUGUGUUCAACCUGGGCGUUUGACGGUAACGUUGGAAGGGACCUUCACAUUUUACCCACCCACCGCUGGGUCGGUGAUGAGUUAUGAGAUUCGGAAACAUACAUUUUUCUCUGCCUCGACGUCCUUCCAGCUGUCUUCUUCCUCCGAUGGCACAACUCGUUCUACCUUCAGAGAAGUCUUUGCCAGUGGCAUGCGACGGCGCCCGAGUGUCUCGAGCUUGAACAUCCCGACGCCAUCUAUUGUUGAAAGAACGUACCCCUUCUCUUUUGAACUUCCUCACAGUUGUCGGGGCGGGGAAGAGCUCCCUCCAACCUUCUACUCGUCGAAGCAUGCACGUUCUCCCGCUUCAACCUCGCGUGCAGGAUCAUUUUCGGUCGAGUAUAAGAUCUUGGUGACCUGGGACCCUACGGCGGCCUAUGAAUAUCCAUCAUUCCUUGAAGCACCUAUUCUUUAUCACCCUGAUGUCGAUUUUCAGUCGUUAGAUGGUCUUGGCGACAAGGGUUCUUGGCUUGAAAUGCCGUUGCGAACUGACCGGCCAGUUCCUUUCCAAUGUGCUAUUACUCUGCCAACUAAUCUUACUUUCCUUCGCUCCUCUUCCCUUCCAUAUUUUGUUGUGUUCACUACAAUGCCUCGAUCUCUGUCCUUGACCCGGGAGAUUGCCUCAGAUGCGACGAUAUCUAUUUCGCUCAUACGGCAGGUCAACGUCACGGAGUCACCGGCACUACCUCCUACUCCACCACAGACACCGAGUUCGAGCGAGAACGAUGGCCCUCGCAACGGUAUUCGGUUCAUCAGACUCGUGAAGAGCUCAUCCCCCCUCAUUACUCGUGGCAACAAAACGGUUGAUGACAGUGUAGAGGAGCGACGGAGUAAACCUCUCCCACAGAAACCUCUCCCGCAACUUCCUGUGCAUUCAGUCUUCUCAGAGUCAACUGCCAUCCACUCAAGCAUAUGUAUUGGGUUCCCCAAGCGCCCAAGACAUCACGGUGCCUCGAACACACAUCCGUCAUUGCGGGUCCAUGCAACCCUUCCGGAUGGGCUGCAUAAAUCUAAAAUAAUUCUGGACAAGGAUAUGCUCCCGUCCAUUGAUUGGGCGGGAUUAAGCAUCAAGUAUUACCUGGACGUAUCUAUUCUCGUUGGCCAAGACGAGAUUCAUGACCGCAUUCCAAUACGUAUCAUCUAGACGAUACGUUUCACUAGCAAUCUUAUGGCUUCAAUACUCAUAUCAUGGACUGGGACAGUUUGCUGCAUGUAUUCAUAUUCGUCGCUAUCAAUAUCCAAGUGUAUAUUUUAAACGCAUUACUCCAUUUUUUGCUAUCGUUUACUCCCCAUUUCCACCCAUUCCUCUUCGUUGUUGAUG